AUUGCCUAUGUGACUACUGACCAUGCUUCUCUUGUGGGAGCUGUGGGGAGCUGGCGGUAACUUAGGCAGGGGCCAGAGUUCCAGGAGCAUGAGGGAAUGCCUACCGUGUCAUGAAGGUGAAUUAUGACCAUCGGGGUUCAGACCUUAGCUCAACUGGAGACCAGCCUGCAAUUCCCCACAACAAGUCUUGCAGCUUGUGAGAGGAGAUGUACUUUGCUCAGCCCACAAUUAAUUAUUGAAGUCCAAGGCCUAGUGAAGUUGUAUGGUAAUCCAGAGAAUAUCAGAACGAGGCUGGCACUGAUCCAAGAAAAAGACAGCUGCAUUUCUCUCUCAGAAAGGAGUAUCAUGGAAGAGAGGAUGGAACACUGUAUGAGCCAAAGAACACCGAGGAGUGCUGCAAAAUGGUGUCUUCUGGACAAGACAGCAUGAGUAUCCAUUACCUCAUGACAGCUGUAUCUGUCUGAAUGGGUGGUGGUGGUGGUGGUGGGGUGAUGCUGAGCAUUUUCUGAUGAAAAGGGAAGGAAGAAAUAAAUGAAUUAUCGG